UACAAUCCUAAUUAAAUGGAGGAAAUUUUUAAACAUUUAACCUUUUACCUUCUUCUGCUAAAUGGAAUUUCAGUCUCUGAAUCAGCCAAGGUAACACACAUUGACCCCGCUUUUGGGAGUAUUGCUGGAGGAACCAGGGUCACUUUAUAUGGCGAUGGGUUUGCUGCAAAUCAGUUUAACUGGGGAACUGGAAAUGAGAAUCUAGGAAAUGAAGUGACAAUCGUGUCUGGAACACAGUCUUAUAAGACCGAGAUCCACAAGGAUGGCAGCAACGAAAACCAAAUCCAGUUCUACACUCCGCCCUUGCCUGCAGGGAAAUAUGGAUUCAAGGUCAAGGUAGAUGGAAAGGAGGUGACCAGCCUUUGCACCGCGGAUUCCUCAAAAUGCGUCUUCGAGACGAUUGCAUGGGCAACACCAACCAUCGAAAGUGUUUACCCAAGAUCCGGGAAACCAGGCACACUUUUGACGGUGAACGGUAGAAUAAUCACCACCAGAUAUGGCAGCAACAUUGAUGAGAGUGACAAUGGAAGAACUGAGAAACUCCUCAGGGUGUAUGCUCCGCAGGGUUACAAGUGUGAGAUGAAAGCUCCAGGCACAGACACAUUUUAUGGAAUUGGUUUAGAGAAGGAGACAAGCUGGAGAGGACAUUUCACUUGUAAAACAACUGGAACAUAUGUCAGUAAUGGAAAUAUCAGCUUCAUUGUGGAAGGAAUGUUUGGAAGAUCUCUCCCAGUGAAUGAUGUUCUGAAGUACAGCGCAGAAGGUGCCAUCCAAAUGUUUCAGACCUAUGCAGUGAUAAACUCUGUUUCCCCAUCCUCUGGAAGUACUAGUGGUGGCACCAAGAUCAAGUUGACGGGUCAGUUUUUUAACAACACGGAGAAACCACUGAGAAUUGAAGUCGGUGGUAAACCCUGUAGUGAUCUGAAGCUCCUGUCAGACACUGAGAUGACCUGUGAUACUCCACCUGAGCCUGCCUCUCAGCCAAUUUACACUGGCAGUAGAGGUUUGCUGUAUGAGUCCUGGACAACCACUGCUAAGACCUUUGCUACCAUUGAUGACAUUUUAACACUGGACAGCUCAGCCCCCGAUUAUAACUCCAGCAUUGUUGACGAGACUUAUUUCAUCGACAGUUCCAACCAAAGCUUUGUGUCUCGUCUCAGUGGUUUAUUCAUUCCACAGCAUAACUCUUCCUACAGAUUCUAUAUUAAGUGUGAUGAUUACGCAGCUCUGUAUUUCAGUGAAAGUAGCAACUCAUCAGAGAAACAAAAAAUAGCUACAUGCUCUAAAUAUACUACCAGUUUCUUUGCUCGUUCAGAACAAGCAUCUAGUUUAUUCACACUGACUGCCGGAAAAAAAUAUUACCUGAUGAUUUUACAUGGAGAGCACCUGCAGGGGGCAUUUGUACAGGUGGGAGUGAAGAUGUUUACCUCCCCUGUUACUAACGAGAUGUGUGGAUCAGCUGAUCAGGAGAAACAAACAGUGUCUAUUUCCUCAACUGUAGUAGAUGAAGUCCAGGAUGUGAGCUUGUCUGGUUUCAAUGCUGCUGAUACAACAUACACCCCAGAGAAACAGACAAUUGUAGUGUCUAACAUUGGAGGAAAUGAACAGAUCACCUUCAGACUGGGAUUAUAUGGAGUCUUCACAAGUCCCCUGAAGGCCACCAGUGAUGGAGCAGCUGUUGAAGCAGCCCUGAACUUACUUCCUGCCAUAGCGCCCGACACAGUGUCCAUUAGCAUGACCAGUGGAGCCACAAGUAACACCUUUGUCAUCACCUUUAACUCCGCCCAAGGAGAUAUGCCCCUGCUAAAGACUAAGGUUGAUGUCUCAGGAAGCAGUCUGUCCUUAACUGCCACAGAGACCCAGAAAGGUGUGGCUGGGGGACAGAGUGUCCGCUUCAGCAUGGGUGGCAACAUAUCCCCAGCAUUUACCUAUGGAGGAUCCCUUGAUAAUGUACAAGCUGCAGUAGAGGGCCUGUUUUCUGUCAGGUGCCCCUCCACCUUCAUUGCCGGAGACAACAAAUACUUCCAGGAUUUCGAGAACCAGAAAGAAGUGAAGGCCAUGGGAGACAUCAUCAGCUACGUCACACCCUUCUGUGGUAGACACUCCAUUAAAAACCCAAAAUAUGUGUACCAGGCUCCCGAGAAAAAACUAGGGAUCAGUCUCACCCAGCAUGGAGUGGUAUGUUUUGCCUACCUUGGUCCAAUCAAACCAAUCCUAAGAGUAGACUACAAGUUUUAUGACAAAACUAAACUGGCUACAGAGUCUACCAGAAGCAACUUGAACAUUGCUAAUGCUGCUCCAUCCACAAAAUGGAACUAUGUCUGUGUGAAUAUCCUGGAGGAGUUGUCUAAACUGAAGCCUGAUGGCAGUUCCUUUGAGGCCCGCCAGCUGACAGUGUAUCGGGAGGACAACGUUGUGGAGGAUCUAUUGAUUGAUGCUGUCAUCGUGGUCCGCAGCAGUCUCGCCACUGACACACAAGAUGGAAUUCUUGAACAGCGACUGGUUGGAUCCACCCCAGGAGGAUUCCCAAUGAAGAACCUCAAGGUAGAAGAAAAUGCUGGAGUCUACACCAUCACCAUGUCUCCUAACAACUGUAGUUAUGGAAUCCCUCUUCUUGGUCUGGGUAAUGCACCGGCCUCUCAGUCUGACUUGGUGACUUCCACAUCAGCCUCAUUUUCAGAAUCUACCAAAGCAGGAGCUACUGUAACCAUGACAACAAGCCGGAAGUCUGCUGCUUCUCCACCAGUCACAGGAAAAGUUAAAUUUUCAUUCGAAGGGAAUGAUGUUGACAUUCCUGCCACAUCUACGGAGACAGAAGUGAGAGACCUACUGAUGACAAUCCCUAAAAUUGGCAAUGUUUAUGUGAAGAAGGAAGGAGAAUGUGCCAAGUUUGACUGGCAGAUCACUUGGCUCAGCAGGACAGGAGAUCUCCCUGAAGCCACAGUGGAUGGUUCCCAAUUACAAGGGAUAUCUCCAGCUGCUACCAUUAAGACCAAUGUUAAUGGAGGACUGUGGUUUAACCCCAUUCCUGGAGACAUGCUGCGAACCAUUGAAACUAAACCCCAGGUCAUUGCUUACGUGAAUGGUAUUCCCACUCGUUGUGAGGGCACCUGUGGAUUUGAAUGGAAAGCCUCAAGUACCCCAGCAGUCUCAGCCAUUUCUCCUAGCUCAGCUUUCUCUGGAUCCACCUUAACCAUCACUGGUACCUCCUUUGGAGCCACUGCAGCUGAUAAUUCAGUGACCAUUGGUGGAGUGGCCUGCACUGUGACCAGUGCUUCCCCCACCCAGCUAGUGUGUACGGUCGGGGCCGGCACAGGGAGCCACCAGGUGGAGGUCAAUGUGGCUGGGGUGGGACUGGCCAGUGGCAGCUUCAGCUUUACAUACAAUACACAGAUCACUAGUAUUGCUCCAACAAGUGGCAGCUUGGCAGGUGGUACUAAGCUGACAGUCUCUGGAUCAGGAUUCUCUCCCACUGCCACAGUAACAGUCAGUACCGGCACGUGUGAGAUUGUGACAGCCACUACAUCCGAAAUUGUCUGCCUCACUCCCUCGGCAACCACCCCUGGCAGUGCUUCAGUGACCUUGACUCAGGCAGGUGUGACCUUGACAGCCUCUCAACAGUUUAACUACGAUGGAUCCUUGACGUCAAAUAUCAACUCUGUCUCUCCAUCUACAUCAAGUGUUACAGGAGGGGGAACUCUGGUCCUCCAGGGUACAGGAUUUGGUGCCUCCAAGCCGGCAGGAACCACCCUGAUGAUUGGUGAUAAGCAGGCCACCAUCAUCUUGUACAGUGACACCAGGGUAGAGGCCACCCUCCCAGCUCAGGCAGCAGGGAGCCAUGCCAUUAAGUUUUCAGUUGGCAACAAUGGAUAUGCUUCCGUCUCAGCCAGUACAAAGAGCAUUGCCUACAGUCUCAAAGUGACCAACAUAUUCCCCCGCAGCGGGUCUCUGUAUGGUGGCACCAUUGUCACUGUGAUGGGACAGGGAUUCGGAAUCACAGCCUCUGACAUCAAAGCCACUGUAGGAAGCCAUGCCUGUAAUGUGGUGGGAACUGUUACUGAUACACAGUUCAAAUGUCAGAUUGCAGCAACCGGAAAGGUUCACAAGGUUGACAAUCAGGGAGCUGAUGCAAACAAUGGAGUGGGAUAUGCUUGGAAUCCAAUGACACUAGAUGCUUAUGAAGGUGACUUUAUUGAGUGGAAAUGGCAUGUAGCUUCAGGUGUGACUGGAAUCAACAUAGGUGUGUACCAGACAGACACCGCCGUGGCCACCACCAGCUCAGGCUUCUCCAGUGGAACCGCUGCACCGUCUGGAAUGUUCAAAUACCAGGUGACCAAGGCUGGAGAUAUUUUCUACUGGAGUGACUAUGUGGAUGCUAACAAACAAAUUGCAUUCAGGGGAUCCAUCAAGGUUGCUGCCCGGCCACAGUCUGUGGAAGACUUUGGACUCAAACUUGGUGGAUACGAGGCUGAGUACGACACUGCAUCAGGUGUAGCUGACCCAGCUGCUGCCAGCUGUGAGAUAACCUCCACCAUCUCUGGCUGCACUGAUGCCCCCGCCACUGGAGGGUCAGCAGGUAAAUUCCACUUUUCCUUUGAGAAAUGCCAGUCCCCCACCGUGUCCAGUAUCUCCCAUGACCAGGGACAUGCCGUACAGGACAUCACUAUGACCGGUGCAGGAUUCGGAGCCACCAGCUGUCAGCACCAGAUUGACAUCGGAGACUACUCUUGCAGUGCUUCCUCUGCUUCAGGCAGCAGUCUCGUUUGCAAUGUUGAUGGAUCAACAAAGCCAGAGGUUGGAGUAAUGAAGGAAAUCCAGUUGUCUGUGCUAAAUCGCGGUUAUGCCCUACUGGCCACACCCAAGGUAGCCACUUUUGUUCUCCUCCCUCAUGUCAGUUCAUACACUCCACAGGAGGGCUCACUGAAAGGUGGCUACACCCUCACCAUUACCGGAGGAGGCUUCAAUGAAGACACAGUUGUCACAAUUGAUGCCAUUGGCUGUAAAAUUAUCAGUGUAACAUAUGACACAAUCACCUGUGAGGCUCCAUCCCUCAACACCUAUGGAUCAAAAGCUCUGGUUGUUAAAGUACCCAGCCAUGGAAACAAUCUGGAAGCCAAGUGCUCUGACCCCUUACUCAGCUGCUCCAUUCGCUAUGCUCAGACCGCCACCCCAACUGUCACUUCUGUGACCCCUGAUACAGUUUCUGGCUCAUCCACUGCCCUUACCAUUGUGGGAACCAUGUUUGGAACCUCUGCCUCAGCACUUAAUGUGACCAUUGGAGGAGCCCCUUGUACUGUCAGCUCAGUUACAAACACCCAGAUCCAGUGCACUGUCACCACAGUCCCAGUGGGAUCACAAGAUGUUUCUGUUGUCAUUGACGGUGUAGGCAAAGCAUCCACUUCAGUCAAAGUAGCCAGUGAGGCUGUCUUGUCCUCCAUCACCCCAUCUUCUGGAGGCACAAAUGGUGGAGCAUUGGUUACAAUUGCUGGAAAUGGUUUCGUAGACAAGAAGACAACUGUCACUAUUGGAGGAAAUCCAUGCACUCUGAAGACAGUGACACCUACUUCCAUUCAGUGUACUACCCCAACAGGAACCGGGUCAGCCACAGUGACAGUGGUGUCUGAUGGAGUAACAUAUGGCACCCUGACCUACACUUAUGACUCAGCAGACACCCCCACAAUCAGUGGCCUAAAUCCUCCCUCUGGAAAUCCAGGUCAGACCCUCACAAUUACCGGAUCUGGAUUCAGCUCUGGAACAGUCAAAGUGGCAGUCGGUGACACAGAUUGUACUGUUUCAAGCUCUUCAGCUACUCAGAUUAUUUGCAGUCUGGGAGCUAGUGCUGCUGGAGCUAAGCCUGUUGUUGUUGAUGUCACAGGAAAGGGAGUGUCCGCUAACACUAACCAGUUCACUUAUGGUCUGGCUAUUGGCAGCAUCAGUCCCAACUCAGGAAGUCUUGGAGGAGGACAGGAAGUGACCAUUAUAGGAAAUGGCUUUUCUGCACAGACUGCGGUUACCAUUUGUGGAAAACCUUGUACCAUCAUCUCCAGUGCCACCCAGAGUAACACUCAGUUUGUCUGCUCAACUCCUGCCAACCCAGCUGGAGCCUGUGAUGUGGUGGCCUCUGAGGGAUCAGAGACAAGUACAAAGACCGGUGGGUACACCUACGACAGCUCAGUCACCCCCACCAUCACCUCAGUGAACCCCACUUAUGGUGGCACCGCUGGUGGAACCUCUGUCACCAUCACAGGCACAGGAUUUGGAAAUAAUGCAGCUGCUGUGACCGUUAAGAUUGGAGGUGUGACCUGUGCUAUAAAUACUAUAUCUGACACGUCCUUGACCUGUACAACAGGGGCCAGAUCUGGCUCCAUUGACACUGCUGUGGCUCUGCAGGUUUCAACUAAUGGCAUCGCUGAUCAGGCCAAUGCUGCCUUUAGUUAUUUGGAUGUUUGGUCCUCCCCCACUACUUGGCAGGGAGGGACACUGCCAGAGGAGGGAGAACUUGUGGUAAUCCAGGAACAACAGACAAUUCUAUUGGACGUCUCAACACCUGUACUGGGCAUGCUCCUUAUUCAAGGAGGAAAAGUGAUCUUUGAUGAGAAAGACAUUGAGCUUAAUUCAAAAUACAUUUUGAUCACCAAUAAUGGAGCCUUACAGGUUGGAAAAGAAGGAGCACCCUUCCAGCACCAGGCCACCAUCACCAUGCAUGGAGUAUUCAGAUCUCCCGAGCUCCCUAUCUACGGAUCCAAAUCACUGGGUGUACGAAAUGGAACUCUGGAUCUACACGGAAAACCCAAAGUAACUUGGACAAGACUUGCAGCUACUGCCUCGGCUGGGGACACCUCCAUAACCCUGCAGAACGCUGUGGACUGGGAGGUAGGAGACCUCAUUGCUCUGGCCACAACUGGACACCGACACUCACAGGGGGAGACUGAAACCAGGAAAGUGGCAGGUGUCUCAGCUGAUGGAAGAACAGUUACCUUGGACUCGGCCUUGACCUACACUCACGUUCGUGUGACAGAGACAUAUGGCACCACUACUGUAGACAUGGCAGGAGAGGUCGGUCUGCUGUCACACAAUGUCAGAUUCAGGGGAUUCAGUGAUGCAGAGUGGGUCACCAACAUUACCAAGUGUGAGGCAGGGUUUGACACAGGAGAGUUUACCACCCAGACCUGCUUCCAGGGACGAUUUGGAGAUGAGAUGGGAUCAGAUGAGUUUGGUGCUCAUAUAUUGGUCCAUGCACCUGAACCUGAUUUGGACAUUGCCAUCGCCCGUAUUGAGUAUGUGGAACUCACACAUGUUGGUCAGGCCUUCAGACUGGGACGUUAUCCCAUUCAUAUGCACUUGAACGGAGACAUGAAAUCAUCUUACGUCAGAGGAUGUGGUCUACAUAGGACCUUCAACAGAGCGGUGAAUGUCCACAAGACACAUAACCUGGUGGUGGAGCACAAUGUCAUCUACAAUGUCAUGGGUGGAUCCUUCUUCUUGGAGGACGGAAUUGAAACAGGCAACACCUUCCAGUACAACUUGGCUUUAUUCGUGAAGGCCAGCUCCAGCUUGUUGAACGAUGACAUCACACCAGCCUGUUUCUGGGUCACAAACCCCAAUAAUACCAUCCAACACAAUGCUGCCGCCGGUGGAACACACUUUGGCUUCUGGUACAGAAUGCACGAACACCCCGAUGGACCGUCCUUUGAUCCAAACAUUUGCCCAAGACAUGUACCUCUAGGAGUGUUCCAGAACAACACGGUCCAUUCCAUGGGAUGGUUUGGUCUGUGGAUUUUCCAGGAAUAUCACCCAAGGAAGGACGGAUCUUGCAGCACAAGUGCAGAUCAUGAAGUAGCAAUAUACAAAUCUCUGACUGUCUGGAACUGUGAGAAGGGAGCAGAAGCAGUCAAUGUCGGAGCCCUCCAGUUCCACGAGUUUGUCAUGGUUCACAACGAAAAGGCUGGUUAUGAAGGAAAAUUGAUCAAGGCAUCUCCACAGUAUGACGAAGCUACCAGCUAUGCUGUCAAAAACAGCGUAAUUGUGGCCAACAGCCCUGGGCUGACUGCAGUUUCCGGACAGAAGAACUACUGCACAAUCGGUGGCUUUGUAAUUCCAUAUGGAAAUGGCAUGUAUGGUAUCAACAUUGAAUUUUACAACUUUGCUCAGAGUGGAUGUAAUGCUUUUACCUACACCAAGAUUGACGGUACCUGCUCUGUCUACUGUGGUGGAUACACCUACAGGUUCAAACAGAUCUCGUUCACAAACUCACCCAACCGUGGAAAAUUUGACUGGAAAUGGCAGGCAGUGAUGAUUGAUGAGGAUGGUACCCUCACUGGAGGGGCUGCAGGUUCCCAAGUCACCCCAACCACUGCAACAUUACCUCCAUCGUGUACAAGUGAUACAAACUUCAACAAAGGCGUCCCUGCUAGUCUGUGUCCAGGGUCCCUCACAUUCCACCGAGUAGCUCUAAAAGACAUCCAGCCUGUGUCUUUAGAAGGUCAAGCCAUGCGAUUGAAUAAUUCUUAUGGAUCUGACUUGUCUCAGUUUGGAACUAAGAGGAUUUCACACAAGCCUGGGUGGAUUGGAAUUCUGAUUGAUGGUGAAACCUACAAAUUUGAAUGGGAGGGAGGCGAGAAAAUCACAAACAUUUCCUACCAUGCAACUUUCUACCAGUUUGGGGACCAAGCAAACAAUGUAAAGGUCUGUCAGCGCUUUGAAAGGAAACCCGAUCGAUUUGCAUUAGAUGGAAAGACCUUCCGCAAUCAGUCAGACACUGCCAUGGUUUUCGGCACAAAUAAAAAUGGUGACUGGGAAUUCAAUGAGUCAGAUUACGAGCUCUGCUAUUUGGUUUCUGGUAAGAAAAGCCGUAGGAGAAAGAGGGGUUCUGGAGCCAUGCCUGUAUAUGCAGAGGAUGUAGAUUCUCACAUGACAGCCUUCAAAUGUUACUACACUAACUGUGUACCUCCACCUGACCCAGAUACCAUUCCCCCUACAUGCACGCGACCCUCCAAUGCCACCAAGUGGUCAGAUGUGGCAAGCUGGCAGACUGCUGAGGCUGGGUGGGGCGGUAACCUGGGAAAUGGACAGUUUGGACUCCCCAAACAGGGUGAUAAGGUCAAGAUCCCUAAAGGUUACUGGGUCAUCUUGGACGAAGCAAUCCCUAGUUUCACAGAAUUGGUCAUCGAAGGAACUCUUGAGCUUGAUCAUGGGCCAACUAAAGACAAUGAUAUUACCAUUGAUGUGACCUAUCUCUAUAUUAAGGGAGGAAGACUAAUUAUUGGUUGUCAGGAGUCAGCUCCCUAUGAAGGUAAAGCCUCCAUUGUAUUACGUGGUGAUGCCAACACUCCUCCCUACCCUGUGACAGAAGGACCCAAUGUAGGAUCAAAAGUUAUAGGUGUCUUUGGUGGGUUGGACUUGCAUGGGAAGAGUCACACUGUUACUUGGACAACUCUCUCUCAGACCAGUGCCUCUGGAGAUAACCAGAUUUCACUGACUCAGGCCGUGGACUGGGCAGUCAAUGACGAGAUUAUUAUCACCGCCACCAGCUACAAGGCAUGGGAGGUCGAGAUCAGAAAAAUCAGUGCCAUAUCAGCAGACAAGAAGACACUGACACUGGAUUCAGCCCUCACCCACAAGCAUAUCUCCAUGGAAGAGACCUUGAGUAACGGAGAGAAAUACUCCAUGAGGGCGGAGGUAGGACUUCUGACAAGAAACAUCAAGAUCGUCGGAGCUGAGUACCCCAACAUCUACUCUGAUUCUUUCGGUGCUCGCGUCCUUGUUGGCGUUACUGCUGAUGCCACCAGGCGUUACACAGGAUUUGCCAGGAUUUCCAAUGUUGAGUUCAACAGAGGAGGACAGGAGGGUUUUACUGCCACCUAUGAUCCUCGCCACUCCCUCAGCUUUGUGGAUAUCCCUAUCUCCAACAUCAAGCCAUGCUACGUCAAACAGAGCAGCUUCCAUCACAACCUGGGUAUUGCUAUCGGAGUCUAUGGAACCAAUGACCUGGAAAUCCAAAACAAUGUAAUCCAUCACACCAUAGGAUCAGCAAUCCACACCAAAUCCAGUGGUACUGCUAUCCGUAACAACUUGAUCUCUCUCAACAUUUGGCCUGGCUCUUAUAAUGGUCGCUCAGAGGAAUUAAACAUCUAUUAUGAUGGGUCUGUGGAUGCAAUUGGUGCAAGUGGAACAAUCUUACAGGGCAAUGCCAUCUCCUCAUCUGAACGCUCUGGAUACCAUGGAGAUUUUGAGAGCUGCACCGCGACUGACACAUGGAGUGACAAUGUCUUCCAUUCCAAUCUGAUGGCCGUCGGUCUCUUCCCUAUUGACAAAGUCAACCCCCCAACCUGUUGGAGAAUUGCCAACAUGUCCAUUUGGAAGAAUUAUAACUUUGGAGUUUAUUAUCAGAGUCAGUAUGAAAUCAUCAUGGAGAGGCUGACACUGAUUGACAACAAUGUGGGAAUUUUCCCUCUGAUCAUAGGACCUGCAGCUCUUGAUCAUUUAUAUGAGAACAAACAAGUCACUAUUAGGAAAAAUCUGAUCGUCGGAAAGUCUUCCGUCUUCGAUUGUGCGAAUGAUAAGAUGGACUUCACAUUACCUUACUUCACACUGAGAAGAACAUUUGACAAGUCCUGGAGAAUUGGCACGGCAGGAAGAACUGGAAUCUCUAUCACAGUCUUCAGCUCUGGCCCCAAUAAUUCCCCCGAAAAACCUUUCAUUGGCAUCAUGGCUUACAAUGCCAUUGGUGGCUUUACCACAAUUUCUGAUAACACCUUUGCCAACUUCCAAACGGGCUCCUCAGGGGAAUGUGGCCAGGAUGUGGUUUUGACAACUGAUCCCAGCAACGACGAUGCAUGCCACCCCACCCAGCUUACAGGAAACAGAAAGGUCAGCGUGGGAACAGAAAAUACUGUAUACUAUCACAGGCCAAGGCUAGGCAAGAUAAACCCCUCUGACUGUGUUGACAUGGACUGUGAUGGACACAAGAAGUGUGUUGUGGUUGACACAGAUGGUUCCCUGCUGGGCAGUCCCACUACAGUGGUGCCACAAGCUGAGUUUGAGUGGGACGGAGACCCGCGCCGUGGUCUGGGAGACUACAGAAUCCCCAAACCUAUUCUUACAGCCCCAAGCGGUGCUGUUCUUACCGUUGACCAGGUUGCCAAAUAUAAAGGUGUUCUCCGUGAUGAUACCUGUACCUACAAUGACAAACAGCAGGCCUACACUUGUUCUGAUUACAACUACAAACAGCUGACCAUUGAGAACAUGGACGCUGACACCGAGUUAAGGCGUCUGUCCCCUGUCGCCGUCCUCGGCUGGAAUGAUAAGGGAGAUGGUUUCAUGGAUCUUAUCAAUGGACCCCAGGACCAUGGUUGGUGUGCUGGGUACACCUGUCAAAAGAGAUUGUCCACAUUCCAGGCCAUCACUCCCAUUGGAAGAAACUUUUCUCUGUACUUCACCAGCACUGCACCCCAGCACCUUCGUUUGAUGCUUCUAAGCACUCCCAAAUCAGAACGUAUCCGUGUUGGAGCCUACAAUGGUAAGCCAAACCGAUUGGAUGUGUUUGUGAAUGGAGAAUAUGUGCUGCCCAAAAAUGGUCAAUUGGAUUCCAACAAGAACCUCAUUCUUGAGUCUCCAACCACUGUUGGACAGUUCAAUCCUAAAGUGGACACUGAUCCUUGCGGCGCCAACUACAUGGACCGAGACUGGCAGGAAUUACAGGUCAUUAUCUGUGGAGGUGAUGAAAUAGAAAUCAAAAUGUCACCUCAAAUUGUCGUUGGAUUCAAUGUGCCCACCAUGACUGUGGACCAAUUCUUUGGACCCAACCUCCUGAACAACUUGGCAACAUUCCUGGGUAUUCCUAGUGACAAGAUCCGUACCAUGAAUGUUCAGUCAGGAGUCAGUCGCCGUAAGCGAUCAACUGGAACCAAUACCAUGUAUUACAUUGAGGUCGGCAAUCCCCCAUGCAUGACGAUUAACUGUACAUCAGCUGUUAGUACCAUGUCCUUCACUGACCAGCAGGCUUUGGCAUCUAAGAUCAUCAACCAGUAUCAGCUUGGCAAUCUGUCUGACAUCCUGAACAUCACCAUUAACAAUGUCGCCGUGGCUGAGGCACUACCUCCGACCUCUGACCCUAACUGGGCCAAGGUCGUAGAGUCCACGGACUACAUGAAUGCCAUUAGAAUCCCGUCUGUGAUGGAGUUUAAAACAGAGAUCACACCAGGAACCGAAGGCAAUGCCUUCCCUGUACAGCCCGUGCUUCAGUUCAGAGAGAGCAAUGGAGACAGAGUAACCCUGCUGGGGGCCUCUUCUAAGCCCUGGAAGGUUGAGGUCAGUCUAAGAGCAGGUAGUGGCAGUAAUCCCUCGGCCACACUGGUCGGAAACACCACUGUGUCAUUCAUUGAUGGAUGGGCCAACUUCACUGGACUGGGAAUAUCCCACAGUGGAUCAGGGUACAUUUUGGAUUUCAAGGUGAUUGACCCAUCAGAAGCGACCUUCACCCUUGCCUCCUCUCCUCUCAGUGUCGCCCAGCGAUUACUGACUUCGGCCGUGACCUACACGUCACCCGACAUCUACCAGGGUAGUUCACACACUGUCAAUCUGGACAUCAGAGACAAGGACACUGGGGUGACCCUACCAGACAUUGCCUGGAGUGGCUUGAACUGGUACGUGAAUGUGACACAAAUGACUGGAAACUCCUACACAGGUUCGUUGAGUGGAACAUUCACCAAGGCCUUUAACCCGGUUACUGGUCUGGUGACCCUGAAUGACCUCCAGUUAGACACUGUAGGAAUGGCCUUCAUCAAAUUCACGGUGUACUCGGUACCAGCCCAGUAUUCUCACGAGAUCACUCAUGACCUUUACCUUUACCCAAGCGAGGCUCAGACCGUUACCAUAGAUACCACCCACACGGUGAAGAUCAAGUUUGACCGUGACUUUGCUACUUACGGCACCACAGAGUUUGGAGCUGUGAUCGUUAACCACUUCCAGUCUAGGUACCCUUACAUGAAGAUGUCUAACCUGCAGGUCUCACAAGGAAGUGUGGUCAUUACCGUGACAGUUUCUGGCAACAGCACCACCGUCCUGGAAGUGACUGAGGCCUUGUGUACAGCCAUUAAAAGUGGCACCACCUUCACUUACAAAGGAACCACCCAUACUCUCAGUAAGACCAUGUCAGUGAAUGGGGCUGAUUACUGUGAUGAUGAGGAUGACAAGGAUAAAGAAAUCAAGAUUCUGAUGAUCGUCGGCAUCUGUAUUUCCAUCCUGCUCAUCAUUCUCAUCGUUGUGGCCAUUAUGGUCUGGAGACUCAAAGUCUACCCCAAGACAAAGACGCACAGAGGUAGUAUAUCUGGAGGAUCAGGAAUGCAUUCUGAUGGUGAUGCUGUUUACAUUGGGAAGGGCAAAGGAACAUUCUUCUUUGAGGACAGUUUCUACAGACAGGAUACGUUUAACAGCCUGCGUACAGAAAAAUCGUUCUUAGAGGACGGUCAGAAACCACCCAUCACAACAUUCUAUGGUGCCAACAAUGGCCCACCCCCUGUCACCACAUUCUACGAGAAGGGCACUAAUGGCCCAGCACUCAGCAAACACUUCUAGAGUAACACUAUUAAACAUAGACUUUGUUUGUUAAUCUUUUUCUGCUAUAGAUAUUAAUGGGCAUGAAAGCCUUAUCUAAAACUAUGGCAAAUUAUAUACAUAUUUAUUUUUGAACAUUGAGUUAGUUAAGUUUUUUUGAUGUUUUGUUAACUUAUUUUCUCUAUUUUUGCCUGUGAUAUAUAGCCUGUGAUAUAAAGUUUAUAUAAGUAAUAUAUUUGUUAUUGUUGACAAUCAGCAAAAAAUUAUAAAUC